AGUUUCUUAUAUCUGUAAAUUUAUUAUUACGAAGCGAUAUUUGGAAAAUUUUCACGAAAAGUGACAUUUUAAUGUUUCUCAUUUGCCUCUAAUUUCAUGUACUAUUUCAUCUUGUCGACUAUGUAUUUGACAAAUAACUUUUGUAAAGAAUUAGCUUGCAAUCUGUCAAAUUGCUAUACUUUGCUUUACCGGAGGAACAUCGUAAAUCUUUUGGCAUUUAUCAUUAUCUGACGCUACAAGAAUUUUAAGCGGGUUUACUUACGAGGCAACAACAAAAAAUUUAGGAAUUAUAAUUUUUAGAUUUGAAGCAUAAAGAUUAGACACACGCGUAUAAUAAAAUAUAACCAAUAACACAACACAAAUAGAAAAUUAGGUAAUUUAGAAAGAAAUAUUGCAGAUUGGUACGUAAUGGAGAGUAUUAAUCCAAGUAAAUGUUCUGCUAAUGUUGUAGAGAGCAAAGUCUCUCAAGAUGCAGAAUGUGGCACAGUUGAUCACGAAGUAAUAACUUUACAACAAGUUGUUGCAAGAUUGAAUGAAAUUAUUGUAAAUCUAGAAGAUACCGUACGAAUAAAAAAUGCGCAAUUAGAAAACACGCAUCGGGAAAAGAGUAGAUUGCUGGCAGAUUUAAAGAAGCAACGAAGAUGCAACGGAAAUCUUAAACAACAGUUAGAUGAUGACAGAUCUUUCCAUCAGCGCGAGAAAGAUUAUUACAUCAAAGAAAUGCAACGAUACCAGGGUAGGUACGUCGGUAAUAAUACAUCAAAGUUUCACCAACAACGACUUAAGGAACUGGAACAAGUGCAAGAUACUCUGGAAACAGAGAAUGAGCAACUUAAGAAGGAAUUGAUGGAUAAAAAUGAAAUUACGUACAACUUGUGUAUAAAGUUUCUUCGUAUGAAACAUGCCAAAGACACAUUGAGAUACAAAUUGGACCAAUUGCUGCACGAGCAUUUGCUAGUAAUGGCAGAAAUGAUGGAGAAGUUAGACGAGGCGAGAAAGGAGCUUAACUUGAUCGUGUCGGAAAAAUUUCAAGAACCGUUGCCCCUUAAUAAAGCCAAAUUUUUACAAGUAAGCGAUCUUUCAUCAUUUGAAAAUUUACGCUCGCGAUGCAGACGUUCUGCUCGGUUUGAUAGCUUUUCUCUUUUUAAAACGUGGUAUGGAUCGCUACAGGUUGUACAGAGAAAUAAUAGACUGAUGUAUGAAAACGCGACGUUAAAGGUACAGGUUCAUCAACUUGCACAAAACGUAGAAAAAUUGAAAAGUCACGUACAAAGACCGAAAAAGAUCAAUGUAGACGCCAAGAUCAUUGAGAAAUUAUCAGCGCAAAGCAGUACGAGAUCAACUAUGAAUAGAAUCGAAAAAAUCUCUUUGCUCUCGAAAUUAUCCUCAUCUAUCAACUAUUCCGGAGGAGAAACGAUCUCGGAAGUGGGUUCGAGAAAUAUAAAUAAUUACACGCUUAAUGAUGCGAGAGACAUUAAAAAUGACUCUAAAGACUCUUACACCGAGCGUGCUCAAAGUGCACCAGGAAUUGUAGAAUCAACAAUUUCUCGGCAGCUAGAAGAGUAGUUUCCUAAAGUGCAGUACGUGUAUGUGAGACCGAUCAUUAAUUCGUAUGUUUUCAUUGAUCCGUCGAAAUCAACACGAGAUAAAAUAUAGAUUGACAAUGAGACGUCUCUGCUUAUCAUCGGUAUUGCCGAUUGCUGAUAUCAAAAGCUUUUCCCUAUCUUCGAUUGAUAUUCGACGCAAUAAUUAUACGUCAAACGAAACUACAGUUGGAUGAAACAGAAUCCUUUUCUUGUUAGAUGAUAUCGUUUAUUAAGAAAUUGAUUACAGCUAUCAUUUACCAUCUACUAUAAUACAUAUAUAUAUAUAUAUUUCAAGCAAGCACGAAUCUUAACAUAUAUGUUGAAAAAUGUUUUAUCGCUAAAAACUUGCUCAUUUAAUCUUUUAGAAACUGAUGGCAAUAAAAGUAAAUAGCAUUCGAGUCAUACAUCUGAAUCGCAUCGCAUCGAUGAACUACUUUUCGCAUUCACGCGAGGCGCACAAUGUUAUUAGCGGUUCUGCCUCAUAAUCAUCUCAUAAUUAUGAAAGCGAUUAUACGUAUGGAGAAGGUAGAAAAGCGAGUGAUGGCCGAUACUAUUUCAUAAGCCGAUCUGUGUGCCCCUUUUCCUUCUGCUCCAAUAAAAGGUAUCGACAAAAUGAAAUGAAUGAAUCGAAAGAAUGAUGAGUUCAUGGGCGUUGAACUAUCCUAUAUUGGACCGCGACGGCGAUUAAUGCGAUUAAAACGAGGGAUAAAAAAAAGGCACCGCUGCAUCACUGAAGCAUAUAUGUUUCUGUCGAUCCUGGAAUACUUUAUGAGCGUUCUGAGCGCGGCUGUACUUGCCGUACGUACAAUCUCGACCUUUUAUUCUUAGAAAUUCUAACGUGUCUACCAACGCGACGAUUGAAGAAUAAAAAUCAAAUACUUGUCACGCAUUUUCCAGUACUUGUUUGCCUUAACUAUUUGCUUUGCUUUUAGCACUUAAUAUUUAGCACUGUGGCUCAGAUCG